GAAAAUCAAGGUUUAGACAGUUCACGACAUCUUAGAAUCAGGAGAAAGAAAUAGGAAGAAUGAUUCCCUCUUCUCCAAGCCAUUUAGAAGUCUCCUUUAACUCACCAAAGAAGAAGAAAUCAUCGCCUGUUGAUGUUGUCCUUGGCAAUGAUGACUUUGUCGGCGAGAUUUUGUUACAUUUGCCUGUAAAAACUGUCCUGAAACUCAAGCUAAUCUCCAAGAGAUGGCUAUCUAUAAUCUCCCAUCCCAGUUUCGCUAUCCGCCAUACCUACUUCAACCCUCACACCAUUUCUGGUCUCCUCCUCAAUGUAGCAUACCAUUUCAAGAAACCAAGUAGUUACCUAUAUGUUUCUAUUGAUGGGAAAUCAGUAGUUAAUGUUUCCUCCGAUUUUCUUCGUUUCGAUCCUGAUAAACCCGGAAGUACUUAUGUUUCUCAGUCCUGCAAUGGCUUGCUUUUGUGCUCUAAAAGGAUGCGGUAUUCUGCUGAGAGAACUAAACCAACGUAUUAUUAUGUAUUCAAUCCUACAACAAGGCAGUUUGUGGAGCUCACUCUACCAUCUGGCGAUGGAAUUCGUUCCAAUCGAAUUCAAUUGGUGUUUGAUCCUUCAAAAUCACCUUACUACAAGGUUCUUUGUAUUCACUACUUUAAAUCAUUGCUUGAGAUCCAUGUCUACUCAUCUGAGACCAAGAUUUGGAAGCUUUCUCUAAAGCAAGAAAAUUUUGAUUCUUCGAGCGUGAACUUGAACAAUGGUGUCUUUUGGAAUGGUGCUAUUCACUGGAUUAGUCGUAUGGGAAAUGGGUUCUGUUUCUUGCUUGAUAAGGAAUGUCUUCAAGCAUUGCCAAGCCCUCCACUUCCUGAGUCUUGGGAAACCAACAACUUCAGGUAUUUUGGGGAGUCUGGUGGGCAAUUGCACUUUAUUGGGUUAUUGACUGGAGAACAAAAAGCUGAUAUUAUAGGUGUGAAUGCCUCUCCUGAGAUGCCUGAUGACAAAAUGACAAGCAGCAGCAGUUCCAAUAUUGACUCUCAAUACGUUGUUGUUUAUGCCAUGGAGAAGGGGUGUUCAAAAUGGUUUGUGAAGUACUAUCUAGAUGUGAAUGCCAUCGUAAUGGCAUAUCCAGAGAUCACUGAUCAGGACCCUUCAGUCUCACCAUGUUUCGUGAGUGGAUCCAUUUAUGUAUCUUCUUUUAUUGAGGAAAACGAUGAAGAAGGGCCAUUGCUGGUGAUCAACAUGCCUGGUGAGAUCAUAUCUUACAGCUUCAAGCACAAAGCAUUCGAGAAGCUAUUUAGUUUUCAUCCUUGCACGCAUUACAGCUGCUAUGCUCUCAAGUUUACGGAGACUUUGUCCUUGGUCUAAUUGAUGCUAUGUGUGUUAGCUAUACGAUCAGCUGUUUCUUCUAUGCUUGCUUGCUGACAAAAACUAACCAAGACACAGAAAAUGCUUGUAAUUGCUUUGAUUUAAAACCAUAACCAUGAUUAAGUACCGUUGCAUCAUUGCACUUGAUCUUCAUGGUGUAUUCUCUACAAACGAAAGGGAAGUGGACUGAUAUUUGUUUCCUUUCUUUCUAAACUCAAAAUAAACAUCUGCGACAUUAACAAUUUCACCAUGUUUUGUGCAAAGAUCCAUUUAUGUAUCUUCUUUGAUUGAGGGAAACAAUGAAGAAGGGCCAGUGCUGGUGAUAAGCAUGGCUGGUUGUGGGCACUUGUUUCUGAUAGAA